AUGCAGGAUCUCUGUUUAGGGGUCAGUGCUCUAAAAUGAGUCUCUCUGGGGAGAGAGAAGAGGGGGGCCCUGCCUCUAAAAUGAGAAUCUCUGGGAGACAUGACAACAAAGCUAAGAGAAUCCCCAACCAAACUCUGAGACCAGUCUCUCCAGUACCCAGUCAUCUGUCCAUGAAGAGUGACUCCUCUAUGCAUCAUCCUGUACAGUUUAGUGAUGGAUCAGGGACCUUUGACCCCAGAAUCUCCAACCAAACUCAGUCUCUCCAGAGAUCAGUCUCUCCAGUACCCAGUCAUCUGUCCAUGAAGAGCUACUUCUCUAUGGAUCAGCCUAUGCAUUUUAGUAAUGGAUCAGGGACCUUUGACCCCAGAAUCUCCAAGCAAACUCAGUCUCUCCAGAGAUCAGUCUCUCCAGUACCCAGUCAUCUGUCCAUGAAGAGCUACUUCUCUAUGGAUCAGCCUAUGCAUUUUAGUAAUGGAUCUGGGACCUUUGACCCCAGUGGAUGGUCUACUCUGCCAGAGGAUCAGUCCAGGUGUGCAGUGUGUCAGCAGGUUCUGAGGGAUCCGGUCUCCAUCACCUGUGGACACAGGUUCUGCAGACAGUGCAUCACCAGAUACUGGGAGAAACCUGCUCCUUCAGGAGACUAUGACUGUCCUCAGUGUAGAAAGAGAUCCAGAACACUUCCUGUACUACAGCACCUGAGGGAACCCAAUGAUGCAAGAGGCUCUGAAAACAUGGAUGUCAGCCUGCAGAGAGCUAUAGUAAACCAUAAAGACAGUCUGAAAAGGAGGUAUGAAUGUGUGAUAGAAGGUAUGGAAACAGCAGGGAACCAAACUCCCCUCAACAGGAUUUACACAGAGCUCUACAUCACAGAAGGAGAUAGUGAAGGUGUUAACAAUGAACAUGAGGUGUGGCAUCUAGAGACAGCAUCCAGGACACCAACCUCACAUGACACAGCAAUCCACUGCAAUGACAUCUUUAAACCCUUACCUGGCCAAGAGAGAAGCAUCAGAACUGUGCUGACGAAGGGUAUCGCUGGCAUCGGAAAAACAGUCUCUGUGCAGAAGUUCAUCCUAGACUGGGCUGAAGGGAAGGCAAACCAAGAUGUGGAGAUCAUAUUUGUGCUUCCUUUCCGGGAGCUGAACUUGAUCAAAGAUCUCCAGUACAGUCUUCUCAGACUUUUAAAUGACUUCCACACAGAACUAGACAUAGGCAAUGCAAAGAAACUCACUGCCUGUAAAGCUAUAUUCAUCUUUGAUGGUUUGGAUGAAAGCAGACUUCCAUUGGAUUUCCAGCACAAUGAAAAGGUGUCUGAUGUCACUCAGACAUCAUCUGUUGAUGUUCUGCUGACAAACCUCAUCAAGGGGAAUCUGCUUCCCUCUGCUCUCCUAUGGAUAACCUCCCGACCAGCAGCAACCAAUCAGAUCCCCCCUGAGUGUGUUAACCAGGUGACAGAGGUACGAGGGUUCAAUGACCCACAGAAGGAGGAGUACUUCAGGAAGAGAUUCAGUGAUGAGGACCUGGCCAACAGAAUCAUCUCACACAUAAAGACAUCAAGGAGCCUCCACAUCAUGUGCCACAUGCCGGUGUUCUGUUGGAUUUCUGCAAUAGUCUUUGAACACAUGUUGAGUACAGACAAGAGGAGAGAGAUGCCCACGACUCUGACUGAGAUGUCCAUACACUUCCUGCUCAUUCAGACCAGCCUGAAGAACCAGAAGUAUCAUGGAAGAGAUGUGAUGGAUCAAGAGGAGCUCAUGGAGUCAGAUAAGGAAAUUCUUCUGAAGCUGGGGAGGCUGGCGUUUGAAAAUCUGGAGAAGGGUAAUCUCAUGUUCUAUGAAGAAGACCUGAAAGAGUGUGGCCUUGAUGUCAAAGAAGCCUCAGUGUACUCAGGAGUGUGCACACAAAUCUUUAAAGAAGAGUCUGUGUUAUUUCAGAGAGUGGUGUACUGCUUUGUUCAUCUCAGCAUUCAGGAGUUUCUCUCAGCUGUCUACAUGUACCAUUGUUACACAGCCAGGAACAUGGAUGCACUGAAGCCCUUCCUCAAGAGAAAGUCUAGAGGUGUGUCUGAAGAGCUAACCUUGCAUGAGCUGCUGAAGAGUACCGUGGAUAAAGCCUUGGAGAGUAAGAAUGGACACCUGGACCUUUUUGUCCGCUUCCUUCAUGGCAUGUCACUGGUGUCCAAUCAGAAACUCCUACGAGGUCUGGUGACACAGACAGAAAGCAGUCCGGAGAGCGUCCAGAAAACAAUCCGGUCCCUUAAGGUGAUGCAGAGGAAGAACAUCUCCCCUGAGAGGUGCAUCAAUCUCUUCCACUGUCUGAUAGAGAUGAAAGACCAUUCAGUACAGGAGGAAAUCGAAGUGUACUUGAGGUCAGAAAAGAGAUCCAAAAACCUCACACAUGCUCAGUGUUCAGCACUGGCCUACAUGCUGCAGAUAUCAGAGGAGGUUCUGGAUGUGUUUAACCCAAAGGAAUACAAGACAUCAGAGGAGGGUCGUAGGAGACUGCUCCCAGCUGUGAGAGGCUGCAGGAAAGCUCUACUCACUGGCUGUAAACUCACAGACUCAUUCUGUGAAGUGUUGGCCUCAGUUCUCAGUUCAAACCCCUCACACCUGAGAGAGCUGGAUCUGAGUAACAAUGACCUGAAGGAUCCAGGAGUGAAGCUGCUCUCUGCUGGACUGGGGAAUCCCCACUGUAAACUGGAGACUCUGAGGCUGUCAGGCUGUCUAGUCACAGAGGAAGGCUGUGCUUCUCUGGUCUCAGCUCUGAGGUCAAACCCCUCACACCUGAGAGAGCUGGACCUGAGUAACAAUGACCUGAAGGAUUCAGGAGUGAAGCUGCUCUCUGCUGGACUGGAGGAUCCACACUGCAGACUGGAGACUCUGAGGCUGUCAGGCUGUCUAGUCACAGAGGAAGGCUGUGCUUCUCUGGCCUCAGCUCUGAGGUCAAACCCCUCACACCUGAGAGAGCUGGACCUGAGUAACAAUGACCUGAAGGAUUCAGGAGUGAAGCUGCUCUCUGCUGGACUGGGGAAUCCCCACUGUAAACUGGAGACUCUGAGGCUGUCAGGCUGUCUAGUCACAGAGGAAGGCUGUGAUUCUCUGGUCUCAGCUCUGAGGUCAAACCCCUCACACCUGAGAGAGCUGGACCUGAGUAACAAUGACCUGAAGGAUUCAGGAGUGAAGCUGCUCUCUGCUGGACUGGGGAAUCCCCACUGUAAACUGGAGACUCUGAGGUCAGUAUUCCUGUAGUUGGUCAACAAGUGA